UUUAUGUAGCUAUGGAAUUCCUUGGCCUGCUGUUAACACUCAUAGCUGCUGUUGUUGCGGCACCUCAGGGAUAUAACCUGGGGGCACCCUCCACUGCAGGAAUUGCUACCGGUCCCGGAUCUUCUGCCGCUGUGGCCAGUGGACACCUCGUAAAUGGUGGAGAUUCAGCUACUGGAUGUCGAGAGGGAGAAGUUCUUCACGUAGACGGUACAUGUGUAAUCCCUGAAGUCACAAGAAAGGUCUACGUUUUUAAUGUUCCUGAACAAGAGCGACCUGUUGGUCCAGCACCUAGUAUUCCUCCCCCAGCAGUGGACCACAACAUCUUGUUCGUGCGCCUUCCUGAAGAAGCACCUGCACCUGACCCCAUCGUACUUCCUCCACCAAGGCAGAACAACAUCGUCUAUGUGCUCAACAAGCAAGAAGAACAAGCUCAGCGAGUGAUCGAAGUACCAGCUCAGCCACAAGCUGAUCCCGAGAUUUAUUUCGUCAACUAUCAAGAUGGAGAGAACCCGACCCUUCCCUUAGGAGUAGACCUUGAAACUGCUCUUAGUUCGGCUGCAGCAGCCGGUGGUCAUCUUUUGGGAGGCAUCAAUGGGGCUGGUGCAGAAGCUGGAUUUAAUGGUGCUGUUGGAGUUUCCGGUGGACGGGGAGUUAAUGGUCUUCUUGUAAAUGGAUUUGGUGCAGGUACAGCUAAUGGUGCAAAUGGUUUUGUCAAUGGAGCCGGUGUUGGUCUGGGAGUUAACGGUGCUGUAGGAGGAUUACACACUGGUUCAGUGGGAAGACCAUCAGGACUAUAUAAGUCACCUUAGAUCUAAUGUUUUUAAUUUAUAUUCCAUGUCUAAACUCCUGAACUGUCGCGCCUGUAUCCCAAAAUAAAUGUCAACAUAUAUAA